AUGCUUGUCACAGCAUUUCCUGAAAGAUUAGAUUUGCGAGUUGAAAAGACCAGAGGCCUUCAAAAAUUAUCAUGAAUGCCGCGAACUGUUGUGAUAUUGGUGUUCGAGAAUCGAUCGAUGCAACACAUCCAACCACAAGUACUUUCCGACCAAAUAGAGCUCGAUUAGUAAUUAUUCAGAAAUGCCGACAGCUAUCAGACGAAAUAUAUUUUGGUCAGUCAAGGAGAAUCCAACUGCAUCCCUGUGUAAUCCAGGUCCCCUUUCUUGCUCUGGUGGUGCAGUUUGUUGUUGCAGUGAUAGACAUAGAUACUGAGGAAAUCUGGGACUGCCAUGCUUCGCCACAUUUUAAGGAUCUGUAUCUCACUCGAGAUGGAGGCUUCAAAAUUGUGCCGAAAGUGGUGCCUUACGCUUGGAUGCUCGCAACCAACACUGAUUGCAGAAAUAAACAGCUUCCCUCAUACGCCGGCAACUUAGUGUUUGUGUUACCGGUGAAAAAUGAAACACCCAUCACUUACACGAUUAGGAUUACACUUUACCAGAAGAUAACAGAGUAUGAAGAAUUGGCCGGGUUCCCUCCCUUUUUUCAGAUGAUAUGUUUCAUCUAUUCGUUUGAAUCAUUUCAUGGCCAGUGCCUUGAAGUUGCUUGCGUGAGUGAAGAGACCGCUGUCAACAAGUACAACAAAGCAGCGUUGAUACAAGCCAAAUCAGCUGCCAUUGGAAUAACAUCAGAAGAAGAUCGAGAAAUCGAAGAAAUUUUCGAGGAUGUUAAGAUAAUCUGGGCACAACAGGAGCAGAACGAUAGCAUGCGCUGCAUCAAUAGGAUGAGCAUCAGGAUGAUCUACCACUAUUUAAGUUCCUCCCGCCAAAAGUUCCCAGAUCCAAGAAAGGAUGUUUCCGCUGUAAAUAUUGCUAAAGCAGACCGUAUAAUCAAGGAAGUUGAAAACAGGUUGCUUCCUCAGUGUAAAAAAAGAUUCAAGGCAACUUUCCUUAUUGCAAAGGCAGAUUCCUCCAUUCGCAAGGCGCUGCAACGGGAUACAGAAUUUACAGAACAAGAAAGAGUUGCAUACUUAAGAGAAGCUGAGAACGUUCUCAAUCAAGCAGAACAAAUAUCCAGAGAUCUUAAAAUGCAAAACGAAAUACAGGGAAUAAAUGACAGAAGGCAUAACAUCCAAAUUCUUCUUCACCGAGGCUUCUGGCUCCAACCAAGACCGGGCCAAGUGCAGCCGCAACGAAGGCCUGAAGAGAGGAACACAGAUGAUAUUGAUGAUCUACUGGAUAAUUUGCUUCUAGAAGAGGGAGGAGGCAACAGACGAUGAGGAAAUCGAUCUGCUGGGUAAAAGAUGAAAAAUAAAAAGAAGGAUAUUUUGAAGUUUGAAUCAUUGCUGUUUACUAUUCAGUUGUAUGCAGCCAUGAUACAUGAAUAGCGACUUCUUCUAAGUUGGUUGUGGAAUUCUGGAUUAGAACAAAUUUUAUAAAGCUGCUAUAGAAUAAUCUUGGUUAGAAACCAGGCAACCUCUUCUACCUACCCACUGGAAGAGAUGAGAUACUGGAUAGAUACAAGAAAAUGGCCGUAGCCUCUAGGUUUGAGUUAAAGCUCCACAGAAGAGUUCUUCUUGUAAUUUAUUGCACAAAUAUCCGAAAAGGGACAUCCAUCGGUCUUAGUAUUUACUUAUCAGGGGCUACGUCGUGUUAAACAGCCAAAUAAAUGCGUAGUAUGUAUUAGCAAUGAAAAAUCGCCAAGAGCUUGUGAAGUAUAUAAUAUGAGUUUUCUAAAACUCGCUUAAGGUUAAGCUAAAACCUGCCUGUUCUUGGAAAAAAAAGGCGAUAUUUAUUAUUCUUAGCUCAUUUCUGAAAAAAAAUUCUCAUAACACCACAAUGCGGUUGCAAUGUAUUAAUAUAUUUCUUGUUGUUAUAGAUAAUAUUUGUAAAAGAAGUUUCUGAAAUGUUUGGUCGUGCUGACUUCAUACCAUCGAGCUUUCUGGAACAUUUUAUUAGGCCACGCAAUUAUAAGGUAACACUACCAAAAUAUUUAUAUUAAGCUUCCGGAUUGUUCUAAAUUUCUUUGUAAAGCUAUACCGAGAAAGAGUUAUUAAAAAAGAUUGCUCAUUUCAAGAAACUUUGGAGACAACUGUGAGUUGGUGUCAAUGGUGAGCUAAGAUACAAUUUGAAG